AGCGGGACGGUAGCGGCAGCAGCACCCUCAGCCAGCGGGACAAGUGUCCGUGCGGCGGCGGUGAGUCCCGGGCUGGCCUCGCUGCUCAGCCCCCUUCGGUCUACAUGUUUAUUCUGAGACUUUGCAAAAUCGUUGUGGCAUUUAGAAAAGAAAAUACCCUAAUACCCUUAGAUCUGCAUUUUGCUGUUGGGAUACUGAGGGAUUGUGAUUGUGAUUUCCAGUAGAGUCACAAUGAAGCGAAACUCAAGCAUUGCUGGAAGCAGCAGCCGACAAUCUAUGAUGGCACAGAGAGUGCCAGAUACCAGCAAGACAGGUCGUCAGACACCUCAGAUGAAGGACAGAAGCACCUUUGGGAAGCUGAGCAUGAGCAAACCUACCCCUGGAGCUUCAGAAAGAAAAGUCAGCUGUAUUGGGAAGAGAGUGAGUGGGGCUGGAGGGUCCCGCAGCAGCGUGUAUGGGGUGUUCGGGGCAGAAAAGAUAAAGGACCCCAGGCCCCUUCAUGACAAGACAUUCAUCCUACAAUGUAUCAAGAAGCUUUGUGAGUUUCUCACCGAGAAUGGUUAUCCCCACAAGGUUUCCAUGCAAUUGCUACAAUCUCCAUCAGUUAAGGACUUUUUAAAGAUCUUCACCUUUAUCUAUAAAUUCUUUUGCCCUUCUUAUGAAUUGCCUGGCUCAAAAUAUGAAGAGGAAAUUCCAAGAGUUUUUAAAGACCUUGGGUACCCCUUUCCUCUGACAAAAAGCUCCAUGUACAACGUGGGUGCACCACACACCUGGCCUCAGAUUAUGGCAGCUUUGGAUUGGUUAGUUGAUUGUGUCAAGCUGUACAAUUCCAUGAGGGAAAGGGCACCAUCCUUCGAUGCCAGGCAGAGCUGGGGAGAAGAGUCUGAUGAUGGAAUUGUCCAUCAUGAGCUUUUCCUGGAUUACUGUCUGAAGUGCUAUGAUCUUUUCAUGAAAGGGAGAGAUACCUUUGAGGAGGUGGAUGCUGAAGUACAGUCAAAAUUAAAGGAGUUAUUUAAUAUAGAUGAAGUCCAGAUGGAAAGUUUAGUAGCUGAAAACAAAAGACUUCAAGAAGAGAUUGCAAGAGUAGAAAGAGAAAAGGAAAGUGAGCCGGAUCGUAGAGUAAGGCUACAGAAUGUGAAAUUGUCUCUUGAAGCAGACAUCCAGAAAUACCAGGCUUAUUUGGGCAGUAUGGAGUCUCAUAUAGCCAUCCUUGAUCAAAAACUGGGAAGUCUUAAUGAAGAAGUUGAGACAGCAGAAACGGAAGUGGAAGCUGCGCACCAGGAGAAUGCCCGGCUCCAGCACAUCCUGGAUAACCAAAAGUACUCAGCUGUGGAUAUUGAGAGAAUAAAACAUGAGAGAAAUGAGCUGCAGCAAGCCAUUAACAAGCUGACUAAGGACCUGGAAGCAGAAGAACAACAGCUGUGGAAUGAAGAGCUAAAAUACGCUAGGCAUAAAGAGACAAUUGAAAAGCAACUGGCAGAAUAUCAUAAACUGGCUCGAAAACUGAAAUUAAUUCCUGUGACUGCUGAGAACUCCAAAGGUCACAACUUUGAGAUUUGGUUUAAUCCUGAGGCAGGAGCAAAUUGCCUAGUCAAGUACAGAACCCAGAUCAAGAUUCCCCUCAUGGAGAUCAUCAAUGAGACUGAGGAAGAAAUUAUUAAAGCUAUUGAACGGAAAAUGUCUUUGGAAGAUACUUUGGAACAGGUGAAUGUAAUGGUGAAGGACAAGAAACGCAGUGUGAAAAUGCUGACAGAAGAAGCUGAGGAGCUGGAUGAUCUUUAUCAGCAGAAGCUGAAGGAGAUAGAAGAGGAAGAGCAAAGAUGUGGAAAUGAACGGGAGUCAUUGAAGAAGCAUAAACAAUUCCUUGAAAGUGGAGUCUAUGAAGGUCUGAGUGAAGCCACAAAUGAAUUGCAUGAUGUCCAAAGACAAUACCAAGUGGUUUUACAAACAACAGCAGAAGGGAAGAGAAAAAUUGCUGCUAACUUGACUCGUGUUAUGGAAACAGUUUCUACUCAUAUAGCAUCUGUAAAGAAAUACCUUAGUGAACAGAAUGAGAAAAUUGACAGAGAAUAUGAAGAAUUCAUGUCUGAAGAUCUGUUGUCAGACUUGACCAGCAUCCUACAGAGUUAUGAAAAGAAGGCUUGAAGUCCCUAAUCACUGGAAAGGUUAAGAUAAAAAUGUUGUCUUUCUGAAGCUCUGGUAGGGAGGUUUCUAAAAGGAUGGGUACUCCCUG